UGGCGGGUGUGCGGCUUAGCGCUCGUUUGGGCCGUCUGCUGCUCCAGCUGCGUACGCUGAGAGCUUUCUUUUCUCCUGUAUCCCUUUCCUGAAGACAGACCGUUAAAAAAUAAUACUCGAUGGUGUGAAUUUUGUGUGAGGCUGAAGUUCAAAGUGGAAUGGCCUUUGUACCCACGGCUUCAGGGAUGGGCUACCUGAAGCUGCUGAUAGUGAAGGACUUCAAGUCCUGGCGUGGGGAGCAGCUGAUCGGCCCCUUCAUGAGGUUCAACUGCAUAAUUGGGCCCAAUGGAUCAGGAAAAUCUAACAUAAUGGAUGCUGUUAGUUUUGUGCUGUGUGAAAAGAUAUCUAAUUUGCGAGUUAAAAGUGUUCGAGAACUAAUUCAUGGAGCACAUGUUGGCAAACCAGUUUCUUCUACAGCAAGUGUAAAGAUAGUAUACUGUGAAGAAGAUGGGGAAGAAAAAACAUUUUCAAGAGUUAUCCGUGAUGGUUGUUCAGAAUAUAUUUUCAAUGAUAAGUCUAUUACCCGGUCCGCUUACAUAUCUGAGCUUGAAAAAAUAGGCAUACUUGUCAAAGCUAGGAAUUGUCUUAUUUUUCAGGGAACAGUAGAGUCAAUUGCAAUGAAGAAGCCAAAAGAAAGAACUCAGCUUUUUGAACAAAUCAGUAACUCAUGGCAAUAUGCUGAGGAAUAUGAAAAAAAAAAGAAAAAAAUGCAGCAAGCAGAAGAGGAUGCACACUUCAAUUAUAACAAGAAAAAAAAUAUUGCAGCAGAACGCAAGCAAGCAAAGGUAGAGAAAGAAGAGGCAGAGCAUUACCAGAUGCUUGUCAGAGAACUGAAUGCAAACAGGAUACAGCUUCAGCUUUUCCAGCUCUAUCACAAUGAAAGAAGCAUUGAAUCUCUGAAAGAGAGUUUGGAUGAAAAGAAUAUGGAAGCUAGGGUCAAGAAAGACUCCCUUUCUACAGCAGAAGAUGCCUUUAGAGCAAAGAAAAAGGUGCUUGGUGUACUAAACAGAGACCAACAACACAUAGAAAGGGAAAUGAAGACUCUUCAGGCAUCCCUGAUUCAGCAGAAAGCCCUCUAUAUAAAAGCGAAGGAAAAUACUUCCUACCAAAUCAAGAAAGUAGAAAUGUCUAAAAGAUCUCUAAGGGACAAGGAGAAAUACUGUGAUAAGGAAAAACAGAACAUAAAAGAACUGGAGAUAGAAUUGCAUGAAACUGAGAAGGCAUGGAGAGAAUUUGAGAAGGAGACUGAAAAGGAGAUAUUGCUGAGAGUAGAACGUGUUGAGCUGAGAGAACGUCAGCUGGAGCGCUAUAAAGAACUAAAGGAAAUUGCAAGAAGGGAAGUAGCUAUGCUAACACAGCAGCUAGGUAAACUUCGUUGGGAGCAAAAAGCAGAUGAAGAAAGGAUGAAACUUUAUCAGAGGAAGAAAAAGGAAAUUAAGGAAACCAUUGUACAGACUGUGGAACAGAUAGAAGAGUAUAAGAAAAAAGUAGAGAAGUUGGAAGAAUAUACUAAGAAAUGCACUGAGUCACUGGCAGAAGAAAAAAAGAAGGAGGAAAUGCUAGCUAAGGAAAUGGAGAAUUCAACAACGCGAAUAGCUGAAGUGAAUGAAGAAUUGAACAAAAUAGUUGGUGAACUACAGAAUGCCAGAAUUGAUUACCAUGAAGGAAAGCGUCAGCAAAUGAGAGCAGAGAUUGUUGAAAGCCUUAAAAGACUGUAUCCAGACUCUGUGUUUGGAAGAUUGCUUGAUCUGUGCCAUCCUAUUCAUAAGAAAUAUCAGCUUGCUGUUACCAAAGUAUUCAGCAAAUAUGUGACUGCUAUUGUUGUUGCCACUGAAAAAACAGCAAGAGAUUGCAUUCAGUUCCUAAAACAAGAACGAGCUGAACCUGAAACUUUCCUUGCUUUGGAUUACCUUGAGGUCAAGCCCAUCAAUGAGAGGUUAAGAGAGAUAAAAGGAGCUAAAAUGAUUGUGGAUGUUGUGCAGACUCCAUUUGCUCCAUUGAAAAAAGUGAUUCAGUUUGUAAGUGGGAACGGCUUGGUCUGUGAAACAGUUAAAGAAGCAAGACAAAUAGCAUUUGAUGGACCAGUGAGAUUGAAGACAGUGGCACUUGAUGGGACGUUAUUUCUGAAAUCUGGAGUGAUUUCUGGAGGAUCUAGUGAUUUAAGAGUUAAAGCUAGAUGCUGGGAUGAUAAAGAAAUAAAUAAAAUGAAAGAAAGAAGAGAUACAUUGAUUACUGAGUUGAAGGAUUUAAUGAAGAUAAAACGCAAAGAAGCUGAUUUGAAACAGUUGCAAGCUCAGUGCCGUGGAACUCAGACACGACUUAAAUACUCACAGAGUGAACUAGAUCUUAUUAAGAAGCAACAUCUUCCUAAUCUCUAUAUGGAAAAAUCAAAGCUGGAAAGUGAACUGGUAAAUACUGAGUCUCAGCAUGAUAUGAUAAAGGAAGGAGUAGUACAAAGAAAACUAAAACUGGAAGAAUUACAGAAGCAGAUUAAUGAGGCAGAAGAUGCUGUUUUCCAAGAAUUCUGUGAAGAAAUUGGCAUUGAAAAUAUACGUGUGUAUGAACAAGAACAUGUGAAAAAACAAGAAGAGAUUGAUAAGAGAAGGUUGGAGUUUGAAAAUCAGAAGACACGACUAAGUGUGCAGCUGGAAUAUAAUCGUGAGCAUCUACAGAAACUAAUAGAAACCGUCAGCAAGUUAAGGGAUGCUAUUAAUAAAGAUGAAUCUGAGAUUACUGGAUUACAGAAGGAUGAGGAGAAGCAUCUAAAAAAGGUGAAAGAAAUUGAGGAGGAGGAGCAGCAUCUUAAAGAUAGAUUAAGUGUUCAGAAAUCUGAGAUUAUAAAAACCCAAAGUGAAGCAGAGGAGUUGAGAAAAACGUUUUUAACUCUUAAUAGGGAAGCUGCAAAAUUACAAAAGGAAGCUGCAGCUAUAGAAGCUUCUCUGGAAGAUAAAAGAUUAAGAAGACAUAAUAUGCUUCUAGAAUGCAAGGUGCAGGACUUGAAAAUACAUCUCCUGUCUGGAUCGUUGGAUGACAUCAGUGAAAUAGAGCUAGGAACUGAAACAGAAGACACUCAGACUACAGGUAUCUAUGAAAAGGAAGAGGCAAUUAAAAUAGACUACAGUAGCCUACCUAAAGAACUGAAGGACCUAGAGUCUGAUAAAGAGAUAGAGGCUCAUCUGAACCAGAUUCAGCAGGAAAUAAAAUCUAGGGAGAGCAUCUUAAUGAAGACAGCUGUUCCAAACCUGAGAGCAGUAGAGAAAUUACAGAUAGCUCGGACCAAAUUCCAAGAAUCAAUGGAAGCUUUUGAGACCAGCAGAAAGGAGGCCAGAAUAUCCAAGCAAGAAUUUGAAGAGGUGAAAAAAAGGAGAUACGAACUUUUUAGCCAGUGCUUUGAGCAUGCAUCCAUAGUUAUUGAUCAGGUCUACAAGAAACUUUGCAGAAACAGUAGUGCACAGGCAUUCCUUAGUCCUGAGAAUCCUGAGGAGCCUUACCUGGAAGGCAUAGGCUUUAAUUGCGUGGCACCCGGAAAGCGCUUUAUGCCAAUGGACAGUUUGUCAGGAGGAGAAAAAACUGUGGCCGCUCUGGCUCUUAUAUUUGCUGUACACAGUUUUCGGCCUGCACCGUUUUUUAUUUUAGAUGAGAUAGAUGCUGCUCUGGAUAACACAAACAUUGAUAAAUCUUCCAGGACCGCUAUGACUUGUCACACCAGUUGAAGAUCCUGUGCUCUGCUUAUAUAUUGUGUUUUCUGAAUGUUCCUCUUAAUUCUGGAUUCGAAUGUGUUGUGGCUGGUGAAGUUGGCCACAGUUACCCGUGCUGCCUCCACACUCUCCUCUAUUAUCUUUCUUUUCUUUUAUGUAUGCGUUCUGUGAGGUUCCUGGCUUCUGGUAUGUUACCAACUUCCCAUACAGAUCAUGAAUCAUGCAUUAACACAACUGAUGACGAGGCACUUCUCUGCAGUUUGCCUCUCCAAGUAGGCAUAUUCUGAUGUAUGUGAUAGAGGUCUCCACUUUAUAUCUUGGAAUGCACUAAGGCAGCAUUCCUUUUCAGAAUGCUAUAGACAGACAUGUUUCUAAUUGGACAGAUUUCUCUUCAGAUAAAAAACACAUUCUUAGCCUGUUAAAUGUUUUCAGAAGAGCAUUAACAGUUGUUAACCAGUUCCUGUCUGCUUGCACUGUGGCUGGUGGGGAUUACUGAAAUGGCAGCUCUUUUCACCUGAGCAACAUAAAGCAGGCAAGCUGUGACAAAGGCUGUAACAUUUACAUACGUGGAGCGUGACUGCCUGUGUGAUGCAGGAAAAAGGGUAACAAAAUAUUGGUUCCCUGAAAUAAAACCUUUCACUAGCUCGAACAUCUGUGUAGGUGUAUGUAGUGUCUUAAAUUGCAGAAUGAGCAAAAUCAACAUGGCAGUGAUGUGCAAGUAAAAUUUAUAUGCUUCUCUGAUCCCUGGGUCUUUCGUAACUCUUUCCUAACCUGUAAGAUACAGUUGUUAUCAGCCUGAUACUACAAAGCACCAAAACCUUCAGAGGAAUUAAAUACAGCAAGUGAAUAAAACUGAUGUAUGAAAAUGUUUUAUGUUCCUAGUACUUUACUGGUAGCUAGUUUUUAUGCUUAGAACUAAGAAAUCUUUUUCUUCAUGCUUUUUCAGUUUUGAGAUCUGUUUUAGCAAAUCCUUAAUAAUUUACUUCUACCAUAAGAUGAAUGUUAACGAUGUAACUAACUAGUGGCUGUUCUUUCACUGGAAAAAAAAAAAUAACUUCCAUCACACAGAUAAAACUACAGACUAACUGAAAAAGUGCUGGGUUUUCUUUGCUUAAUUCAUAUUGUGUGUAUUGCCUUUUUUCAGUCUCAGGAUUAUCACUGAAUAUUUUAUGUUACUUUGGAGAUCAUGGAGGGGGAAAAAAACAGUUGCCAUCUGCAGUGAACUUAGUAUAUAAGCAGUAACUGUCCUUUUGCAUUUUUUUCCAUACUCAGGAAUUUCCACCUCCCUUCCAAUUGCAUUAGUGCCAAUGAAAAAUAUUUUAUGUAACGUUCUUCUGUAGCUUUAUACAUCAGAGUGAAUGAUAGUUUUCAUAUACAUUUUCAAAAAGCAGCAAAUCUGAGGUGUUUCCAUAAGGCAAUACAAUUUAUGUCUUAAGAUACUUAUUUUAACAAAUGAAUUGCUGAAUGUAAUGUAGUUCAGUUCUUUCCUCAUUAUUGCUUAAUUAUAGUAAUUACAGCACAGUUUAAUUCUACCAGAACUAACUUAUUUGUCUUCAUUCCAAAGGUAUCAAUUUUCAUUAGGGAACAGGCACAUAAACAAUUUCAAAUGGUAGUUAUUUCUCUGAAGGAAGAGUUUUAUUCCAAAGCAGAUG